UUAGCGUAAGCCCAGCUCAAACAAGCGGUCUUGUUCUGGCAGCCAGCGAGGCACCAGACUUCAUCCGUGCGCCUGCACGUUUACAACAGAUAAUAUGAACUUAGAGAGAACUACAUUACACGGCCAUGAGUAAACAGAUCGCAAACAAUGAUUGGUGAUAUUAUCCUGUGUUGCUUUGUUUGUGCGGGAAGCGAAAAAAUAAGGAGGCGUUGGUUUGUGGGGAUGGUCUGUUGUUCAAGACGCCUUGACGACUAUCUCUCGACGGGUCCGAAAUUCCGGACAAACUGUAUGCCCAGCGGGUUUAUAACGGGUUAGAGACCAAAUGAUUUUUGCAUUUGCAAUAGAUACGGCUCGACCAAUCACGGCCCGGCGCAAGUUUUGACGGACGUGUGGGAUAUUGAAUGGACAUAAUUGAGUUCGUAGUAAAGGGCCCUGCCAGUCGAGGAAAGAGUCAUAAACAGUUUCCCGGGUGUUUGAGUGUUUUGCUUUGCGAACCGUCACAACCGCUGAGCUGUGCUCAUCCAAACAGCCGAUAGCCGCGACGACAGCUUCUUGUUUUUGCCAGACAAAUCCUUCAUAUCGGGAACACAAACUGUCCAGAUUUUGAUCUCCCCGUGUCGCAACUUACGAGUCACCGCCGCCGCCACACUCAUAUACAUAACGCCCGACCCGCCGGCAAGCCGACCGCACAACCAUGCAAACUUCCUGCUACAGCGGACAGUACAGUCCGGCGCUCUUCGGGGACUCCUGCAGCUACCACCACGACCAGCAGACGCAGUCCUUCGGACACAGCUACAACCUCGGCCCGACCUACACCAGCGGCUCCCUCGGCGCAACCAUGCAGAACUACGACAUGAAGCCGGAGCCCUCCAGCUACGCCUACGGCGACACGGGCAUCACCACGCCGAGCGUGAGCCCGUAUGCGCCCGUGGUAUCGACGGCGUUCCAGCGCAUCAGCCAACCACCUGUUGCCGUGAACCAGUACCUCAGCCCCCCGCCCAAGACCUACGCCGACUGUAACCACCAGGACGAGAACGACAACGCGACGUUUCACGAGAAAUCGGCCGCGGAGCCGCCGGUGGUCGUCCCGAAACAGGAGGAGACCGUGAGUCCGGAUCGGCAACCGACGGACGACAAGCCGCCGACGGACGGAGCCGAGCCGGGAAAGCCCGGCACGGACACCCCGGCAAGCGGCGACGGCGACAACAGCGACAACAACGGGAUGGAAGAGAUCCUCACGUCCCUGGAGAAGAAGGAAGACACCCCGAAGGAGCCUCCUUCGGCAGACGUCAAACCUCCGCUGUCUUACAUCGCCCUCAUCGCGAAGGCCAUCCUGGGCUCUCCCGCCAAACGGCUGAGCCUCGGCUCUAUCUACCAGUACAUCACCGACAACUACCCGUACUACCAGAACCGCGGGCAGGGCUGGCGCAACUCCGUCCGACACAACCUCUCCCUCAACGACUGCUUCAUCAAGGCCGGCCGCUGCGAGGACGGCAAGGGGAACUACUGGGCCAUCCACCCGGCCAACAUCGAGGACUUCGCCCGGGGAGACUUCCGCCAGCGCCGGCGGUCGAGACGCCGCCGGGGAGCCAAGAAGGACAUGGAGAGCCUGAACAACGGGUACGGGAUGACUAACAGCUACCUGAACCCCAGCACCGGCCCGAUCACGCCUGGCUACUCCUUCCCUCCCUCCCUCAGCUCCAUCUACUCGCCCUACACCGACGCGGAGCGCAAGGCGUACCGACUAGACGAGGUCCUCUACCGCCAACACAUCAACAACCCGUUCUUCAAGUGGUACAACAGCAGCUGCCGCAUCCCCCAGGCGACGCCGUCCCCAAACCCCUCCUCUCCCGUCGGCAUGUACCCGAACUCGAACCCCCAGUGGCAGUACUCCGACACACAGAACUCUCAAUCCAUGUUCCCCAUCUCACCAAACUUUCAGCGGUUCAAGUAAGUUUCACACUGUAAAAAAAUAAUUGACGUAAAAAUGUCCUAUCAGAAAAAAAAUC